GUGAACAGAUACUCAAACGCACUACUACCCCUAUAUAAGAGCACUACACAGGGCGUGACAAAAUGGCAUUCCACACCCUAUGUAGUGCACUGUACAUGCUAUAGGGAGCUAAUUGUUAUUGAGCCCAGUGUAGACAUUGGCGGUUCUUUAGAUAGGUGUAAGCGAAACAUGACGGCUAAUAAAAGAAAGCAGACUAGUCCAGACUGAGAUGAAUAUACUGUUGUGUACAUUUGUGGUCAUAAUUUUGGCAGUGCUUCCUCUGAUGUCAUGUCAGGACCCAGUGCCCAUUCAGUUCCAGAGCUCCCCGGUGCUGGUGGCUACAGGAAACAAUGCUGUUUUUACAGUGCAGACCAUCUCCAAUGUCUUCUCCAUUACGUGGCUCGCUCCCGGGGGAGGCACUCUGGGCCAGUGGAUCAACAGCCAGGCUGUGCUUAAUCCGAUUGCCCAGUACCAAGGCAGAGUGAGCAUCAGUGCCACCCAGCUCACAAUCAGCAACAGCCAACUCAGUGACGCUGGAAGCUACACGGUCACUGUAACACCAUCUGGUCCCACUGGACUGGUCACCAACUCACGCUCUGUCACUUUGUCGGUUUUCGUUGCGGUGGGUGCUGUGAGCCUGUUCGUGCCGUCUGUGACUAUAGAAGGUGGCAACGCGUCCUUAACCUGCAGCUGGACUUCAGGCACCAACACCAGCGUGACAUGGGGUAAAGGUAGCAUCAAUCUUCCCUCAGACCCUCGCUUCAUCAUCACCGCUGGGUCUCUGAUUAUCAGCCCAGUGAACAGGAACGAUGCCGGCCAAUACAGCUGCACCGUCAGCAACCCCAUCAGCAGCCAGACUGCCACGGCAAGCCUCACUGUUUACUAUGGUCCGGACACCCCUCAGGUGACGAGGACGUCCUCUGAUUGUGUUGGUGGGGGAGACGCCAUCAUUGGACAGACAGUGCAGCUUACAUGCACAUCUGUCUCUCUGCCCCCUGCUCUCUUGUCAUGGCAAUUCAAUGGUCUACCACUGACAACCAGCCAGGCAAACGGCGGCACGCUGAAUUUGCAGAUUUUUUCCACAAAUCAGAGUGGGCAGUACACAUGCUCAGCUCGUAACAGCAUCACAACACAAAUGUCACAGCAGCAGAUAAGCCUCAGUGUUGUGGGUACGUGUCUGAGUGUAGGUGCAGUUGCUGGAAUUGUCGUCGCCUGCUUUGUAGCUCUCGUGUUAAUUAUUGUUGCGAUUGUACUGAUACUACGUCAGCGAAAUGUUGAUAAGAGACUCAGGACAGUCAUUGGACAGCAGAAGGAAAACCUGAACAAUAGGCCAACAGUUCUUCCAGCUCCACAGAAUGGCCAUGAUAAUCCUGGGUUUCUUGGCCAGGCUGACCAACCUGACCCACCGAUGUAUAACGAUAACAGACUCAAUCGUUCAAAGAAUCAACAAACCAAUGGCCAACACAGCAACAACAACAACAACGAUAUACUGACGCGAAACAGAACAGCUAACACCACUGCCAUUCAACCCAAUGGCCAUCUUAAUACUGACACGUUCUCAAAUAAUGCCAACCUCAACUCCAGUGCCCACCUACACGAUAGACAGCGGAAUAGCAAUUCAAAUCGACAUAACACUGGCUCAAUUCAACAAGUGGGUCAACAGAACCCAAAUAUUCUCAUACAGACUGGCCAGGCUGAACCGGGACCUCACACAGUCCUCAUAAACCUUAAUACACUACCACAGCAUCAGAAUGCCACCACACAACCUCACACUGUGCAAGUCAGUUUCAGUGCACCUCCACCUUCUUCAGGACAACCCAACCAGAACGCCAUGCACUAUAAUGAUCAGCAAACCAAUACCAUCCAGCAGGAGCUUCUUGAUAACACUCGGAUGGAUAACAUACGUAAUGCAGCACAGCCUGCCCACAAUAGCACCUUAAGAAAUGAACAACCGAGGGAUCACCGUGUCACCAACCAGACACGGUCUAGGCGGAAUACUGACAACACCUAUCCUUAUUCAGAUCUGACUCGUACUCAAUUAGGCAGCACACUCUCCAUAGCUGUUGAUGACUCAGAUGCUCAGAUGCGUCAGAUGCCAUGGGACCGUAUGCAUGGUACACCUGCAUAUCCGAAUCCUCAAGUGGACAGUUAUGAAUCCCAAAAUUCAACACGCCAAAAUAGUUCAUCACAUUCAGAGGGUGAGCAUUCAGCUCCAGCUCUAAGACCCUGGAGGUCACCUGUGGAUGAACCGAUGCGGAACAUUUCCAGAGCUUCAAGAAGAAACUUUCUGAGACAGCUUGCUCACAAUGCUGCCCAGAGACGCUCUCGAGCAGAUCAGAAUGUGUCAAGACAAGUCACGCAACCUAACACGAUUGCUCAGCCACGUGCUGACCAUCAAAGUCGGACUGCCCCACAGCACAUCACAUCCCAGAGAAAUGUCAUGGACGAGAUGGCCAUAGCUGUUCCCGUUCCUCGACAUCAAACUGUUCAAAUGCAGACUGCUCAACCAACACAUUUGAUUAGUCAGGCUGGUCCAGAUCAAAGGCAGACUGGACCUCUCAAUGCUGCCACUCCAAACUCCCUUAUGUUAACUCACGCUGCUUUGCAGCAGCACACCAGCCAGACUCCCAGCCCCUUUGUUAACCAGAUUCAGCAGACCCAAGCUGCAUUGCAGCAUCCGGGAACUCAGUCAACACCUGCUCAAACUCAUCCUACUAGGCAGAGCAACCAGGCUGGUCAAGUUGCUCCAGCUCCCCCUCCAGUUCUGCGCCUAGCAGAGUUUAAAACACUACCAAGAGAGCAUAUACAGAAACCACAUGCUGUAAAGCCGGUUCAGGUGAUGAGACGGCCUGUGGUCAUGCAUCAUGGACAUAGACCUCACAACAUGCCCAGGCAUGCAAGAACCAUGCAUAACAACCUACACAAACACCCAGCGAACCCUAACAUACAUUGGCAUGGCAACACACAGGGCCACCCAGUACAUGUGAGCCAGGUCCACAAAAGUAGACACAGACCCUGAGACAAUCCAGUCCACAUGUUGUAAAGAAUACCUGAAAAAAAACAAAACAAUAAAUAUUAAUUUUUGUUUAAGCGGUGACCAUCUACGAGCCAAACUAUGCUGGUUUGGACUAAUUUCAUACUCAUUAGUGGACAAAAUGCAGAGUGAGGUGUGCAGGACUUGAGCUGUAUCCAACCAAAAAACCAGGACAAGCCUCAAGAAACUGCUAAAUGCUAAGUAAUGAUCUUCCAGUUUAGCGCCUUCUUACACAGCCGUUUAUUCAGCAGUUGGUACACAGAUGCUUCCUCAGACGCUACUCAAUUAGUGGCGCCUCCAUGGACGAAGCGCUCGGCUAACUAUGAAGGAGAGCCACCAAACAGACGUGCUCUUAUUUAUUAUGCACAUUUGUUUAUUGCUAAUGACUUGGAAAAUGCUAAUGACUUGGAGUAGUGGAGGUUAUCUUGAAGGGCUCAGGCAAAUUGGAUUUUGAAAAUAAGCACAACAAAGUAAUAAUUUGUCGUGGCUCUCUUUGCUGAGGAGAGUGGGCUGAUUAAUUACAAAUGUUAUUGUUUUACUUCUUUUUAAAUUUAUGCUUUAUUCAUUUGUCAUGUUGUGUAACUUGGUAUUAAGUUAUCUCCAUAUUAUGGAGUGGUUUCUAUAUAUUGGAAUAAACUGAAAUGUAGGUCUUUUUUUACCCGAUAUUGUCAGUAAAACACUGAUGAUAUGAUAUUUAAUAUGAUUAAAAUUGCACUUUAUAUGGGUCAUUUUGUGGAAGAGAGUGUUUUAUAAAGCAGGUGAUCUCCUCGUCAUGUAUAAUGUGCUUUCAUUCAGAAACAGAGGUCUCAUUCAUGAAAGUGGUGCAGAGGUGACAUUUACAGUUUCGCUGUAUCAUUUAUGUAACAUCUGAAACCUACGUUUUUUCACUUAAUCAGCUAAAGCAUCUGCCUGUCUGAAAAGUGAAUUCAGGAUGUGGGAUAUGGGUGCAAGACGAUCAUUUGCAGUUGCUUUCUCUUUGCCUCGACCUUUAUCUUGGUGUGAACUUUGGUCUGAGAAUUUCCAAACCUCUGUAUUGUGAGCCACUAGAACACAAAAGAAUGAGAGUUUUGCAUUUCUGUGUCGAUUAUCAGAUGGUUCUAUAAUAAAGGCUUGGGGUAAAAUGUGCUGUGUCACCAUUUAAUAGUUUCUUUCAGUAUACAUAUCAUAAACUUCAUAAUUAUGUUUUUUUUAAUGUCUUGAGUAUUUUGUGUUCCAGACGAGUUGUUUGACUCAUUUGAUGAUUUCUGUUCAUGUCAGUAAAGUAUAAAGACCUUCUUUUUUUUGGUAGAAGUCUGCAUACGCUCUGCAUUAUAUGCUCACUGGCCAUUUUAUUUAGGAAAACCUGUACACCUGCACAUUCGUGCAAUUAUCUAAUCAGCAGUUGAAGAUUGGAAAAACGUCACCUGGUCUUUUUUUUCCAAUCUUCAACUCUCUAGUCUGGGUGAGCCUGUGCCCACUGUAACCUCAACAACCUCUGGCAACAACAGCCAUGCCAUGGUUAAAGUCACCAUGAGAUCGCAUUUUUUUUCAUUAUUUUGAUGGUUCAUGUAAACAGCUCUUGGCCUGUGUCUGCAUGACUUGAUGUAUUGUGUUGCUGCUUCAUGAUUAGCUGAUUGGAUAAUUGCAUGAGUAUGUACAGGUCUUCCUAAUAAAGUGGACGGUGAGUGUAUACUUUACUAUUAGAACAGACGCAGCCUUGUGUUCAUUUUGUAACAAUUAUACUGUGUAUAGUACACUUAUACACAGCUGGUUGAUUAUAAAUUGAUUAUGAACAUUUCUGCAGAUUGCAGUCAAAUAUGAGUUCCACCAUUACACACUGUCACUUAUGCUGUUAGAAUGGAGCAGUGUACCAGUGACCUACACUAAGGUUUAUGUGGUAAAAUGCUGGUUUUACUUUCUGCUUGCCACAGUUGUGUUGUUAGCAAUUCUGAUACCUCUGCAUGUGUAGAACACAUCUAAAUGUAUAUGGGUAUGUAAAAUUGGUCAAUAAAUGGCCAUUUUCAUCAAAGAAAAAUGAUAAAUGCUACAUAUUCUGUAUUGCUCCUCUCAAGAUGUUUAUGGAGAAUAACUUUAUCAAAGUGGGAGAAAUUUUGCUGCUUGAAACAGAGCACAUGUGCAAAAUUUAGAACUUUUAUGAGCAGUUUAAUAAAAGAGACAUAUUUUACAGGAGUCAGCUGACUAAAUCUGUUAAUGUAUCGCCUGAAGCUAUAUGUCAGGAUAAAAAAUGGUUUAAUUAGAAAGUGAUGGCUAUAAAAAAAGAUCUGCGGUUGGCAAAAAACCCAAAUAUCCACAGGAAGGGGGGCGUUCAUACCCCUUAUUGCCAUUACUAAACGGAAAAAGUUAUUAUAGGUGACAUUACACUGCAUGGGCUAUAAUGGUGACGUGACAGUGCAAUUACGUCAAUUACAGAUGAAGGUUGGUCUACAUUGAAAAAGCAAAAAUAAUAUGCUGUUAACAGUUCAGUUGUCUUUUACAAAUGAUGAUAACGGAAGAAACAAACACUUAUAUACCAUCGCUUUUUUGUGGUGGUGUUCAUGUCCAAAAAGGUCUAUUUUGGUCUCGAUGACAGAAAUAUGUCAGAUGUUCUCAGGGAGGGAGGGAGUUUUUCUUGAAACCCUUUCGAACAGGUUGUUGCUAGUUGAUUCUGAAACUGCUUAUGUAUUUUCUAUAUCUGUUAACUGAUUUGUGCAAGCCAACAACCAUCUGUAUCUUUUGUGUUGAAAGCUCUUUGGUAUUCACCACUGUAAAGGAUGACAAAAGGAUUUGUGCUAAAUAAAGGCAAUAGGUAUAGUCAAUGGCAGCAACAGUU